UGCUUGCUCUAGUAUUUGAAACAGGUUAAGGUACACAUUUCUUUCCUCCUCAUUUUUUCCACCGUGCUACAGGUCCUUCACAGACAACACAGACUUGUCAUGGCAGCGGCACUAUAGUCACUGUCUUAUCUCCAGCCUUCAACAUCUUUCUUUACAGCACCCUUCCUCCUUCUUCUCCUCAUCUUCCUCUUUCGCUCUUACCUCUUCUCUCUCUUUCUUUGCCUCUCUCUCGCUCUGUGUCUUUCAGAAGCCUGAUGCUGGCUGUAUGGUUAAUUAAACCAAGUCAAUGAUUAAACAGUAGGCCGCAGGCAAGCAUGCACGUAUGUUUCACUGUGUACUGACUAGGUUGGUGUAUGUGAAUACAUGCUUCUGUUUCCCAAAUAACUCAGCAUAUGUGUGCACUCUACUCUACACCCCUUUAGCAGCAGCCACACCAUCCUUGAGGAAAGGCCUGGCAGUUUUACCUUAUCGCAGACAGGUAGAGGAAGCAACUAUCAGCUAUUGCAAUAACAAACAAACAGCUACAAGUCAUACAGUUUAUCAAAUCCAAAUGCUAAACUUUAUUCAAAAGAGCUGCACAAAUAACAACAUACAAAGGAUAUUGAAAUAUUAAAAAUAGAUAGAUAGACAGAUAGAUAGAUAUAUCUAUUGUAAAUUAUUUAAGACCUAAGAAGAAAACUUUAUUGUGCAGGAAUAUCUGUGUAGUUGCUUGUAUGCAUUAACAUCCACAGAUUAGUAUUCUGGUCAUCAUAUUUGAAAUAUACAAUUUAUCUUCAAGAAAUUUUCUAACUCACAAAGUGUAAAUCAGGUACUAUUAAGUGGGACAGAGUUACUACAAGCAUCAGUUACUGAAAGCUUGAAUAAAUUUAUGGUUCUGCUUUUGGCAUGUAACAUUUAUGGAGAAGACAUGGCUAGCAGAAUUUAAAUUACACUGAAAAUACACAUACAAACCAAUUAAAAUGGCAAGCAGUGGUCCUCCAUCUGUUUUGGACAGACGCUCCCCUCAUCCAGACAGUAAACUUGUUGUCGAUAGGAUUACUCGUCGACGAAGUCCCGUACGUGCCAAUAAAGGACCAUGCAAUGAUGAAGUACACUCGCGCAUCGCACAACCAUACCGAACCAGCUUUUCUGCAGUUGUUUCUCUUCCACGUGUACGGAAGACAUCAAAUGAAGUUCUUGCAGCAAACCUUGCUCUAGAAAGAUCUCGUUCUGAUCAAGGUAGUGUCAGCUCAAAGAGUUCUCGUCGAGGUAUUAGCCCUCGACAUGUGAGAUAUGAUGACAACGUACAAGUUAGACAUUCAGAUACUGAAGACAGUUUAAUGACCAGUCUCAGUGGUCAAGAAUCUAGUUAUAGUCCUCUUGAAUCUCCACGAGACAGCUCUGAUAUAUUAUCUCCAAUUUCUGCAAUGUCAUCAGAAUCAGACAAAAGUUGUCCACAACUAAUUGUUCCCUCAACUGGAACACUAACAAAUAAACCUAUUCACCAAGAAACUUUAAGAGGAAUCCGUAAGGGCUGUGAAAACAAUACGCUCCACCCAGGGGACAGAUUAACCCCAAAUAACAGUGUAAGCUUUCUACCCUCUGAAUCUUCAGUACAUGGUGGAGAUUCAGGAGUUAGUACAGAUGUUGACAGUCAACGAGAAAAAACCAGCAAAUUGAAUAUAAAUAAAGAUUAUGUUUAUGAUCGAACUAUCAGUUAUCGCAUGGCAAUCCAAGCACAGUAUUCUGAUGAAGUAAAAAGACUUGCUGAAGCCAAAGUUGUUGAGAAAGCUCCUGAAGAAGAAGCCGAAGUUUCAAAUCCUGAACUGAAAAAGAGCGAGGUUUGUGCUCAAUCAUCUUUACCUUCCUCGCAGUCAAAUGACUCCCAAAAAUCUACUUCUCAAGGUGCAGAACCUAAACGCAAUGAUGCACAUUUCUUGAGUCAUGCCAAGAAAUCUCUAAGUACUAGCAUGGGAAACUUUUUCCGGCGUCUCUCACCAAAUGUGAGGAGGCGAACAAAACAUCACAAGAGAAACUCAUCAACAGAAGGGAGCGCACAAAGCUUAAACACAAGUGAUUCAUGUUCUAUUGAAAGUGACCCUUCGGGACAUCCUGUCCACCGUUCGAAUAGCAAGAGCAGGCGAUCAUUCAUGAAAUUCUUUGGAAAAAUUCAUCAUCGAAAUAAAUCUCACAGCUUAAGAUCUGUAGGGGAUCGCAAACCAUCGAAAGAUGAUUUGGAAUGCUCACAGUCUCAAGACAUCAAACAGUUUGAUCCCUCUACUCAACGGAUUCUCAAAUCUAUUGAACAGAACUCUAUGUCAGAUAAAACUAUUUAUCAAAAAUUCAAAGCAAAACAACCUUCAAAUCACACAGCAGAUGCUGGUAACAAAAGUCAGGCUGUAAGGCCACUGCAAGCAACAAGCAAAACAUUGAAUAACAGUCCUUCUGGAGCAAAUCAAAAGAACAAAGAGAAUGAACUAAAGGCAAUGUCCCUUCCUUUGAAACCAUCUCUUGCUGAAGAGAAUGAACUCGAAGCCAAUGUGAGUCCACAGAGCAAUGCUAGCACAGCUGGAGCCGCUUCAUCUGUUUACGCAACUUCCUCUCUCUCAGAUCAGAACCAGUCUAUAGAUGAUUUUUCAUUGGCUGUUCACACACCAGGUAGCGAAGGGACUUUUGCAACAAGCCCUGGUUCUCAUACAAAUAAUGCUGCCAAAACACAUUUAAUAAACAAUGACUCACCAGGCUCCCUGGAUCUAGGUUCUCAAUCUGCUCCUGAUUCCUUUAUUGAUAUUCCCAGCCGAAAACCCUCCUAUCUAAAGCUUAGUUGUUCUGUGAGUGGUUAUGGCAAGUACAGUGUUUAUAGCUCCUACAAGGAUAUUGAAAGGCGCUCACCAUUCUCAAGCAGUUCUUCACUAAAGGCAGAAUCCAGAUCAACAUCAUGUGAAAUGCCUGCCAUACAAUCAGAUAAUAAGGAAGUUACAAAAAGUGUUGAUGACAGUCCCUCUAAAGACAAAGAGCUGAAAGCCGACAUGGAUGGCUCUGUACCUGCAUCUUCCAAUGGCAUCGAUGGUAUACCAGAAUCUUCUGUUAUUAACAUCACAUCAACUGAAUCAUCUCAUGUAGAUGGAGACUAUUUCCUGAAACUAACACUGAAAGAAGAGGAAAAGUUAUCAAAACUAUGUGCUGAGACUGCAAAUGAUUUAGAUAAACACCAUCUACCUGAUGAUGUCAGUGGGAAGAUACGAGCUGCAAUUGGAAAAGCAAACCUACUUCAAAACAAAAAAUUUAAGCAGUUUCGAGAAUUAUGUCAGAAUUAUAUGACUCCAGUUUCUUCAGAAGAAGAUCACCCAACUAAGCUAGAAGAUCUACAAGGAUUCUGGGAAAUGGUACAAAUACAAAUUGAUGAUGUUUAUGACAUGUUUGCGGAAAUAGAUUUAUUACGACAAAACGGCUGGAAAGAAGUGCAUUUUGAAUCUCGAAGAAGCUCCAGUUCCAGCCAGAAAUCAGCCAGUGUAAACAGUACACCAUCUCACACACCAGGAAACCACAUCACGAAUAGCUUACCUCCUAAAAUAUCCCCUGAUGGUCAUCUGAUGGUAAUGGAUGCCACAGGACUGAAACGGAAAGCCAUGAAAGGGACCCCAGAUUCUUCCCCAGAAUCUAGUGAAAAAGCCCGCCAAGCAGCCAAAGCCCGUCAAGACGCUCGGCGAAAGAUGCUUGCAGACAAAAGAGCAGCCAUGCGGAAACUGUCAAAUGCAUCAGCAAAUCAAGAAGUUGAAAUCUUCAUCUCUGACAAAUAAUUGUGCAAACAACUAAUCCAGUCACAAUAUAUAUUUAUUCUAGGUAUACCUGGAUAGGUGUUCGCUUAUGAAGAUAAAUGAAUAAAUAAACAUAUAUAUUAUAUAUUAGUGCUAUUUUUCUUUUCCUUCUAAUUAUUUUUAAUUUAUUUAUAUUUUUAUUUUCGUGAACUCCGCGCUCUCAAUAAAUGAUGUGCUAUCAUUUAGAAAUAUUAAAAUAAAACAAAAAGCUACUGGAUCACAGUGAAACUUCUGAUGGCUUCUGGGGGCCUUAACUAUGAAGUCAUUUUAUUAAACCAACUUGGAUCGGGUCAUCUUUCUCUCUAAACCUGGCAAGUUCUAUUUUAAAUUCUUAUUUGGAAGAUAUGUGGACCAAGUAAACUUUUUGAACAGA